CCAGACGAAGCCUACAAAAGCCGAAACCGCUCUCAGAGGAAAAGUUGAUGUUGUUGUAAAUGUCGUCGUCGUUGUCUUUUUGGGAAUACACGGUGCUCCUCCUUCUGCGGCCCCUCUUCGCCGUAGCGUUCGUUCUCUUCUUAAUAUCCCUCGGUUGGUUUGUGGCGUGGAAACUGGUGCUGGUGCACGUGCCAUUGGUGCAAGAGGUUUUCGGCCUCAAGAAGAAAGCUGUUCGAGUGAAGCCCCCAACUGGUCGCUUCUCCAAAAUCUACAGCACCCUUCACGCCCAAAAAUCACCUUCCACCUCAUAAGAUCAUUAAAUUGUAAAAUAUGAAGUGACAUGUUGGAGAUGGUUAGCAUGGGAUCUUGGACAGUAGAACACCCGUUGAAAUAAAUGAAGAAAUUCCAAGCAGCAGGCAAUCGUUUGAAUUGAAAAGGAAGCUUCAGCGGCUCACUUCAAAAACUUUUAUACACCUUGUACAUAACAUUAGAAAACUAAGCCAUGAAUGCUCUUACUUCAUAUAGUGCUCUGUAUAACUAGAUUAUCAAUUUCAAUUGGUGAUGAAUUAUGAUUUAUUCUUAUGAUAGUUUUUGGCUAUAUAUAUUGUAUGCAGGAGGUGCAAGCACCUAUAUAACAUGAUGCUUAAUUCUUAAAAGACUUAAGUUGGAAUCAGUUGACUUACAA